UCAAGUUCAUAAACGUGCAGAUUGGCUGGGGUGCUGCGGGGCAUUUGUAAUUCCACCGACGUGGAGUCUGAGCAUUUAAAGGUUGGCCAGCAAAAAUAGCCCAGGCGAGCUGCGGAGGUUUCCGUUGUGACCGGUAACUAAGGCAACGACGAAUGACGUGACUCGCGGGAGAGUAAACGUUAAAAGAGCAGCCAAACAACCCCGGACUGUUUUAUGAUUUAGUUCAUGAUUUCCCCUGUGGACCAUGGAGAGACAUAACUUGGGUAAAGAAAGGCUCAUAGUACCCACCGAGUUCACCUCACAACCGCUUGCAAGAAAUGUCCAGGAGGACCUGGUACCCCCAUCACAUUUUGCAACGAGUGUCCAGUCAUCUGGAGCACACAGAGGCGUUCAAAACACAGGGACACCACCAUCCAUCUCCUGGAUAAACCCAGUACCAUCAGUGCCAUCAGCGGAUCCCAGUCCUGCCAAUCCAUGGCUUGCCAUCUCUCAGGCCCAACAGGAAAUCUUGGAGUUGAGGAAGGAAAAUCAGCGGAUUAUGACGUUACAAGAAAACAGCAUGAGGGCAAGGAUGCCUGUGGAUCACUCAUCAAACCUUGGAGCAAGAUCUGCAGAGAGAAGUGAGCAGUGGUCGAGGUGGGAGUCAGAGUGGCGUCUGGAGGCAGAGAAGCACAAGGCUGAAGCUGAGAGGUUGAAGGGGCAGGUGGAGGCCCUGAAGGAGAGUUCACAGAGACACAGGGAAGAGAUUAGAGACAGAGACAGCACCCUGAACAGACAGAGCCAUGAGUUGGAAGCCAUGCGUGAAGAGCUAUGUAAGGCUAAGACUGAACUCAGCCAAAUCAGAGACGAGCUCAUUCACAGCAGCGCACAGAAGGAGAAAAUAAGCUCACAGCUUGAAAGACUAAAGAGCGAAUCGGGUGAGGAAAUGGCAAGGCUAAGGAGAGAUGUGGAGAGGAGGAAAGAAGAAGCCCAGGAGCUUGCUCUGAAGGCAGAAAUGGGCAGAUUACAGACUGAGGAGGAGGCCAAACAGCAGACUCUGAGAUUGUCACAACGUUUGGAGAAAAUGCAGAAGAAGCAGGAGGCUGAGCUGCAGCAGUUGAAUGCUUCCCACUCUGCAGAGUUGGGUGCAGCAAGAAGAACAAACAGUGAACUACAGGACAGACUUCAAUCAAUGACCUCAGACGUGCAGCGGAUAAAAAGCACUCUGAUGGAAGUAUCUGCUGAGAGGGAUGGGCUGAAAGAACAUUUAAGCCAAAUGGGACAAGCUUUUGAGACACAAUCUGCAACACUGCACAGCCUCAGAAAUUACAUCGGCCAGCUUGCCCCAGAGAAAAGAGAGAAGGAACAAUUAAAUGAAGCUGUUGAGAGGCUGAACAAAGAAAAGGCAGCUCUUCAGAUGACCAAUGAGCUUUUGACAGUCAGGCUUAACUCUGUGAAUGAGAUAGUCGUCCUCCAAGAGGAGAAAAUGCUGAAGAAGACCUCGACUGACCCACUUGCGAGGAAUGGAUCUGAGGGCCUUCAAGUGAUUCAGCUCUGGAGAGACAAAGUGUUCAAGUUAUGCGUUCAGCUUCGCUCGAAGGACAUUGAAUUAAGAGGAGAAAAGGAUAAGCUCUUUUCAAAAUUCAGAUCCGUGGAGCAGCAGCUCCAGCAGGAACAGCACAGGGUUAGUGUCCUCCAGCACAGUCUAGAUGACAGGAUAGCUGAGCUGGACCUGGAGAGAGUGGAAAAAGAGACACUGAAACAGGACUUGGCCCAGGCUCACAAGGAAACCUCUCAGCUAAAGUCACAGAGUCAGAAAUCAGAGGCUGAACUUAAAAUCCUGACAGAGGCAGUGCGCAGGUUCAAUCUGGCAUUUGAGAGUAAGGCGGAAGCAGUGGACACAGCUCAAAGAAGGCUCAGCACUUUUACCCAGAGGCUAACUUUUGCUAACAGACGAGUGGAGACAAUCCAAGGUUUGAUCCUGAGGAGAGUGGCUCUGCAGAAAGUUCAGCAGGCCAGCAAACAGGCAGAUCAGGCUGCUGAAAGCAUCACAAACCUCCAGACAGAGCUUAGUUUGGUGUGUGAAGAAAGAGACAAUCUCACACAAGAGCUCAAAAGAACCCCGGAGCUCAUCGAGAAAGCUCUUGCUGAUCUGAAAGAACAGUAUGAAAGCAAAUGGAGGCAGCAGCAGCACAAGCUGGAGCAGAGCAGGGCGGAGGUCCAGCAGGCUGUGGCUGGUAGAGAGAAGGCAGAGCAGAGCCUGCAGCAGAUCCAGGCCCAGCUGGAGGAGAGCAAGGUCAACCUGGAGAAACUCCGCUCUGAGCUGCUCAUCCAGCAGGAGCGCAGCGAGCAGGCCCUGCAGGAGAGGGUGUCUGAGAUUGAGGACAGCUGUGCUGAGAAGCUGAGAGAGAUGGAGGUUCAAGUCAAUACGGCCAGGAGAGAGCACACCAAAGCAGUUAUGACUUUGCGGCAGUUUGAGAGAGAGGCAGCAAGGAAACAGGACGAGAUGAGAGAAACUCAGUAUUUUAUGGGUGCACGCACAAAGAGGGAAGUUCAGAAUAAACAACUGAAGGAGACGGAGAAGGACAAAAACCUGCUGCCGGCCACUGUUGCUGAGCGAGGGCUGACGAGUGAGUACACAAGAGUUCACACAACAGCUCCACAAAACUCUGCUGCUGCUAAGGAACAACGACAAAAACCUUCAGAGAGGAGUCGCUCUGUGGGGGCAAAAUUCCAACUACCUGCAGACGAGAAACUCCUGUCUGUUUUGGAGGAGCUCCACAGUCUCAGUGCGGCAGUGGUAAACAGCUCUGAGGACUCUGCAGAGGAGGAGGGACAGAAUAACAGCGUGGGACCACCCACAGGCAGUCUGCACAGCUGAUACCUGAAGAUGAGUCACCGGAGGCAGAGAAAACACCUUUAAUUUGUACAAAAGGUGGGCAGUGUUGAUGAUUUAGGAGCCAAGAAAUUACAGCCAGUGGAAACAAUUUGUUUGAGCCAGACAUCAGAAAAACAUGUCACAUUUCUCCUACUUGGUGUAUAAGAAGUAAACGAGGUAUCUAGUGCUGGCAGAGUACACAUGGCUUAGAAAUUUCUUUUAAUAUAUCUUCUGCAUUUGUCUCCAAGAUGACUUUUAAUUACAGAGUACUCGAAAUACAUGGAUGGACAGUAUAUAACUCAUAUUCCACAUUUUAAAUGAUAUGCCCCCAUUCCCCAGUUAAUGUGAUAUUGUUUGAUAAUAUUUCUUCAGAGACGUGUUACUUUUCAGUGCAACCCAUAAUAAAGUGUU